AUUUUUUUUUUUUUUUUUUUUUUUUUUGUUGGUUUAUUAUGUCAUUUAUGUGUAUGAAAUUGUGCUGAAAAUGCAUGAAAGUAUUAUUUGCAUGUAAUUUUUUAAGAUGGUUGAUGUUAGGUUCUUUAACUUUUGUGCUCUUCUUGCAUGGAGUUGUUCACAGUAUUUUAUUUAUUGCAAGGUAUAAGAUUUAUUGUAUAAAAUAGAUGUAGAGUUUAUCAGUAUUCUUAUAAUCCAUCAAUCUUGCUUUUGUUGUGAAGUAUGAGAUAAAUUUAAGUUCUAUGUUGUUGACCGUUGUUAUUUAUUCUCUAAUGUGUCUGGAUAAAGUCAUACUGAUGCAUGUUACAUAGUUGACUAAUCAAAGGGAAGGCUGCUGGUGUUUUAUAGGGAGGGUUGUUUGCUGAGUCUAGAAUUAUGUAGUUUCAACUAUAAACAUGGCCCUGGUCUUGGUGCAUUCGUUUAAUGGUGUUUAAAUGAGAAGACCACCGGUACUGUUCCUUAUGAACAGUAGGACAGUGUCCUUCUGGAAUUACCCUCGGUUUUGUCCUUUUUCUCCUUUUCUUCUGUCCUUCUUUUCUCUCUCUUCUUCUUUACUCAUUCUGUCCUUCUUGUAACCUCUCCCCUACCUUUCACUUCAUCUUCUUCCUUCGUUCUCUCUCUUCUCUACCAUUAAUUAUUUUUUCAAAGAAUUCUUUGUUCUUAUUAAUGUGAGUUAUUAGCUUUAAUUCGAAGCAAGAAACUGUAAAAAUGGUGGGUUUUUUCUCUAAGUUUUCUAGCAGCAAAUCUGGGCACCGAAGAACGCAAAGCGCAAUUGAUGCAAGGGAGGUCUCAGCCCCGAUUCCAGAGGACACGGUGGCCGAGGUUGCACAGCCUCUUGCUCAUGGUAUAGAUGUAGGUGUAGAAUUUAAACCUGUUGAACAUCCAGUUGAGCCUCUUGACAAUGAUAAACCCGUCCAGUGCCCAUUGCCAGAACCUUCUAUUCUAAAUCUUAGCAAACCUACAAAAAUGGCGAUUGCUACUGGUUCAUCUUCAUUGUUGAAGACUCUUCUUAAUCCUAAGAAGAAUGUCUUGGCUGCUAUGCACAAGAGUUCCGUCGACCAUCGUCUUCGCAAAUAUGUGCAUUGGAUAAACUGUCACUUUGGUUGGUACUCAAUUGGCUGUUUGGGCAUUUCGGUUACUACAUUACAGUUGAUUGAACUUGAACAAUACCCAACUGGCCCUCGUAUUGCUUCUCUGAUGUUAUACAGUAGUGAUGCAGAUUACUGGUUACUGUCGGAUGGUGAUGUCAGCAUUACUGAUAUGUGGAGAACAGACUAUCCUUUCACUUUUUUUUACUUACGUUUCAUUUUGUUGUAUAAAAAAUAAUUUUGUCAAGUUUCUGAAGAAAGAAACAUGAACUUUGAUUCCCUAACUCAGUGAUAGCUGGAGUUGAAUGGAAUGAAUUAGGGACCAUCCACGAAGACUAUGCUGUGGCCAAUGUUGGCACACCACAACCACAAAGCCCACCUCCAAGUGCUACAGAAGUUCUACCUAAUAACAUGAUGGGGAGGUGAUUAGAGAAUUUUGCAUGUGGGAGAAGUUCAGGGAAUUCCACUUCUGGAGCUGAUUCUACCGAAUCUAAGGAAAAAGGGAGAGCUUAAUUGUUUGCUGAAAAGGUCAUUGUAUCCACCAAGCACAAUGAUGACGAGCAGUUCGUUUGGGAGUCUCAAGCUGGUGGUUCCUUCACUGCCACAAGGGACACUACUGGUGAACAACUUGGAAGGGGUACUAAGAUCACCCUUUUCCUCAAGGAAAAUCAGUGUUGAUAGAUUGAGAAGCAAACCAACUACAGCCACAACUUCAUCUCCCUCCUCCUCUUCUCCUGAGCUCUCCAUGUUUUGCUCUUACUCCUCUGUUGAAGCCCGCUGUUGAGGGAAAUAUAGAAAGGAGAAAUUCUCAACAUUAUUUGCCCUUCGCACUGAAGCGACUUAUGGGAUUCUACUCCUUCAUGAGAUACCAAUUGCACCUUUUUGAGUACUAAGAUGGCUAGAAGUUAAUUCAAAUUCAAGCACCCUUGUGGUUCGUACAAUUUCUUUUUUCUGUGCCCUUUCAAAUUUUGAAUUUUUGGUGUAAUUUGAAUGUUUGAUGAUCAAUUUUUGUGGAAUAUGCAUCUGGGUUUGUUGUUUGUAUGAAUCUUGGAAGCAAAUGGUCUUAAUUGAUAAUUUACGUGAUUCUAAUUGAUGAUUAUAAUUGCUCACCAAUAAGAUGGGUUCAAUUUUAAGAAUAAUUUUUGAGGCAAGUAUAAUUACAAUUCGUACUCCUAAUAAUACAACACUAUUCAUAAGCAUUUUUAGAAGUAAAAUUUGAUUUAAAUGCUUUUGAUUUGAAUUAUUAUCGGCCCUUUAAUUAUAUAGUUGCUGGUGAAAAAAAUUAAUGAUGCUCAUACGCUAACAUAAACAAGCCUUAAUUGAGAUGGAGUUUGAUACAAUAACUUUUUAGAUGUUAGCUAUAGAGAUUAUUGAGAUGUAAUACCUGGGAAAUCUAUAUAGGUUACAAUGUCUGCCAGUGGCUAUAGAGUUCUCAUCAUUGGUCCUGAAUGGAAGAGCUUGUAUGAUAUUUGGUUUCGUGUGGAGAGCUUGUAUCAUAUUUGUUUGAGUUAACUAACAUUCUUGCUUCAACUGUGUUAAGCUGUUGCUACAAUUUUUUGCUGAAUUCCUGCCUUGAUUUACUGAUAUUUUAUUCUGAAAUUUGAGAAGAUUUGCUCUAUUAUGAAUAUAUCGGCCAUAAAUUUCUGUUAGCCCACAUGCUUGGUUUACAAUUAUUGUCGUUGUUUUCCUCAAUCUCUCUCAAUUCUCUCUCUCUCUCUAUAUGUGGUAAUUUAGUGAGAAACAUAGAAAUUAACUAAGAAAGAACUGAAGACUCAUGAAGCAAUAAUACAUGAUGAGGAGAGCCCAGAAAUUAAAGCACAGGGAGUUCAUCAAAAUAAUAAUGGCAAAGAAAUCAAGGGAAAUUCGCUUUGCUGUUAGAUGUGUGCCCCAAUCAAUUGAGGCUGCACUUCAAAAGGCUGUUCUAGAUAGUUCCAAUAAUGAUUGGUUAUUAUUGCAUCAGGUAUCGUGCUUAGUCAACAUCUUGUUACAUCUGUUGGUUUCUAAAAUAAGCUAUGAAGUAGAGCAUUUUAAAGUAUGGAGUUAGGACGAAUAAUCUGCUCUCUUUUUCAGUUCCUAAUUUUCAAAUAAAUCUUGGUGCUUUAUAUAACUGUACAUUAAUGAUCUACAAAUGUGAGUGCUAGCAAACCAGAGGAUUGUUGAUUCUGUUGCAACACAUUUGGAAGUUCCUACAGAACGUGUCUUGCUAAUUAGCAAAUUAUGGUAACACCAGUGCCGCAUCAACCAUCAAUCCCCUUGGCAUUGGAUGAAGCUGUUUGGAGUGGAAAAGUCCAGCCAAGAUAUAUCAUUGCAACAUCUGAAUUUGGUGCUGGUCUUACAUGGGGUUCUUCCAUUAUUAGAUGGGGAUAAAAAAGAAAAGAUUUUGUGAAAUCAUCCUCCUGUUUGCAAUAUCUUCUUAUUGUUGGUGAAAGAGGAGGGCGUUAGAGGAAGUGUUGUCGGUUCAUUCUUGAAGAAUCUCACUUCCCCUGGUUACAGAUGAUUCAGGAGCAACACCUCUCAUAAUUCACUGAAGCUCCAUCAGAGUGGCCCCUUUGCGUGUUAUAUCUUUCCCUUUAUUGCCAGAAUAAGUUUUAUUUAUUCAAAUCAGGUGAAUUUAUUCACACCUAGGAAAAAAAAACCUUCAAGCUGUUAUUCAUAUUUUUUUUGCAGUGAGAUCAGUACACAGAGCUAUGAAUCUUUUCAGAUGAGUGAUUCAAACAGCUUCUCUAGGCUUGUUCCUCCUGUCUGCUAGACCGUUUAUGUUGAACUGUGUUGUUAGUACAUUCAUCUUUCUUGAUAUAUUGAAGAAGUUAUCGCCAUUUCAGAUUUA